AUGACUGCUGCAUCGCCUCAUCCGUUUGACCCUCUGUCGCCCGAGGAGAUUUCGAGGGCUUCACGCAUCGUGCGCCCCCACUUUGGCGGUCAUGACCCCAACUUCCGCGUCAUCACUCUUCUCGAGCCCGCCAAGAAGGAAAUGAUCACGUAUCUCGAAAAGGAGCAUCUCAAUCAACCCAUCGGCCAUGUACCAACUCGCCAUGCCCGUGUGGAGGCUUCUAUCAAAGCCGAGACCGAAGGGAAUCACCUUUUUGAGCUUAUCGUCGAUCUUGACGCGGACAAAGUUGUCAAGAAGCAGCACGUUGAAGGGAAGCAUUCUUACAUCGAUACUGAUUACAUGAAAGCUGUCGAGGCUGCUUGUCUUGCCAAUGAAGAGGUCCAGGCUCUGAUUAAGACGCUUGAUCUGCCUGAAGGGGCGACUGUUGUCGUUGAACCGUGGGCUUAUGCGACAGACGGGAUGAAUGAUAUGACCCAUCGAGUCAGCAUGUGUUGGUUCUAUGCACGGCUAUUAGAGAACCCCAACGCGAACUAUUACGCUUAUCCUUUGGAUGUAUGCGCCGAGGUAUCCGAAUCUCUUGGAGUCAUGAAGGUUUACCGUCUACCAACAACACCAGACGAAAGAGCGAACAACGAGAAAAGACCAUUCGAUCGCCGAAGAAUUCACUCUCCUACUAACAGCGAAUACCAUCCCGAUUUGCGACCAAGCCCCAGAAGUACUACCAAGCCACUACAUGUAACUCAGCCUGAAGGUCCUUCAUUCCACAUCGAAGGCAAUCGUCUGACCUGGGAGAAAUGGGAUCUCCGAGUUGGCUUCAACUACCGAGAGGGCCUCACUCUUCACGACGUUCGAUAUGAUGGGCGAUGCCUAUUCUAUCGCCUUUCUUUGGCUGAGAUGUUCGUACCGUAUGGUGAUCCACGAGCUCCAUACCCACGAAAGGCUGCGUUCGACCUUGGUAAUGAUGGAGCUGGUAUCAAUGCGAAUAACCUCCAGCUUGGUUGCGAUUGCCUUGGAACGAUCAAGUACUUCGAUGCCUAUCACAAUACAUCAUCCGGGGAGCCUCUGAAGCUACCGAAUGUCGUCUGCUGCCACGAACAGGAUGAUGGAAUUCUGUGGAAGCAUACCAACUUCCGCACGAAUGUUCCGGUCGUAACUCGUUCUCGAAUUCUGGUCCUGCAGACUAUAAUCACUGUUACCAACUACGAGUACAUCUUCGCCUGGCACUUCAGUCAAGAUGCUUCCAUCUUCUACGAGGUUCGGGCAACGGGCAUUCUCUCCACAGCACCAACCUCCAUGGAUCACAAGGGAACAUAUCCUUAUGGAAAUAUCGUGGCGCCCGGAGUUCUUGCACCAUAUCACCAGCAUCUUUUCAGUCUUCGCAUUGACCCUGCAAUUGACGGGCAUGCCAACUCACUCGUGGUCGAAGAGUCCAAGCCACUUCCCAUUGAUGAUCCUGCCAUUCAUAAUCCUUUUGGCGUAGGCUAUGUGACAGAGAGUCAGACCGUCGAAGAAGAAGGCGGUUUUGAUCUUGACUUCACCAAAGCGCGCACCUUUAAAUUCGUCAACGAGAACAAAAUCAACCCCAUCACCGGUACCCCAGUCGGCUUCAAGCUCAUGCCCUUCUACAGCCAGAUGCUUCUCGCGCACCCUGAAUCCUUCCAUGCCAAGCGCUCGGAGUUUGCGGAGCAUGCGGUGUGGGUAACCAGGUAUGAAGACAACGAUCAUUUCCCUGCGGGUAAAUACACGAUGCAAUCAGCCGGAGGCGACGGCUUGGCAUCUGUAAUAGCGAGGCGCCGAAACACCGGAGUUGCCCAUUCCGUGAGGAACGAGGAUAUUGUCAUUUGGCAUACUUUCGGCUCCACUCAUAACCCGCGUAUUGAGGAUUGGCCUGUCAUGCCGAGUGAGAAGAUGAUGGUUGGCUUGAAGCCCGUGAACUUCUUCUCUGGAAAUCCGGGGUUGGAUGUCGCGCCUUCGACGCAGGAGAAAAAUAAGAGUGUGCUUUAUACGGGAGAGGAUAAAAAAGACUCUACAUGCUGUAUUUCAAAGCUCUAA